AUGCCCUCGUACAAGAAAGUCCCACUGAAGAGUAUAAAAACCCUCACUUUCUAUGCCGAUCAAUUGACGAAUUCAAGGAGGGUGGAUCCGAUUCCCCAGCUCACCUGCGUCGGAUCAGCAUGUAAAUCCUAUCAACCCGAGGUAGUACAAUGUACGAAUAUGGGUGAUGAUGGUUUGGGCGGUGUACAGUGGAGGUGCGAUACGGACCUGCCCUCUUCUUUGAGAUUGGGUAAAGUCGAAGUUUCCUGUGAAGGAUGGUCUAAAAGUGGUGAUUUGAAUGUCUUACAGGGAUCGUGCGGCUUGACAUACAAUCUGAAUCGAGUGAAUAAAGGACUAGAAUACGGUGAAGAUCCAUUCUUACCUUCAAGUUGGGAUUCAUUCUUCAACAAAGGAUUCAAUAUCCUUUUCUACCUCAUUUCAUUUAUCAUUCUGUACAGUUUGACUCGAUCAUUGAUCCAGCGAUUCUUCCCUCGUUAUACCCCUCCGAGAAUAUCAAGGUUCUUACCAUUCUCAGGUCCUGGCGGCGGCGGCGGCGGUGGUGGUGGGCCAGGAGGAGGGGGUGGUGGAGGGGGGCCAGGAUUCAAUCCUGGUGGGGGCGGGGGAGGUCCUCCUCCACCACCAUAUACCAAACAUCCCUCCAUCCCUAGCCAAAACCAAAGUGCACAAAGUACAGGAUGGUCGCCUGGGUUCUGGACUGGAUUAGCAGCUGGUGGAUUAGGGACAUACUUGGCAAAUAAUAAUGGAGAUAGGAGACCAGUUCAGAGGGAUCCAUAUGCUGGUAUGAUGGGUGCUAGGAAUAGGUUUGGAAGGAGGUUCGAUGACGAUGAUGAUCAGUGGGAUAGGGGUGUUGGACCAUCACGAAGGGCUGGAAAUGAGGGAUUGGGUGAGAUGAGGAGGGCUGCUGGGUUUGGGGGAAGUAGUACCCGUUAA